GCAGAGCCUGAGUUAGCAGAAAAUAAACAUUCUGUGUCCUGCCUUCUGUCAGAUUUCAGGCUCCUGGAUCUGUGAACAUACCUGCCUGAGGAAGUGGGAUCUGUUCUCCGUGCAGAAGCUGUUGGAAGUUAUUGGAAGUUCUAGCCUUGAACCAGUCCUAGAUCCACUCGAACAUACUGAUUUGAAUUUGACUGGGAUUGACAGAAAUGGCUCUGAUGAAGUGCGGCUGGCUUUGGAGAAAAAGUUCUGUCCUGCGGCGCUGGAAGAGGAGCUGGUUUGACCUUUGGAUGGACGGGAACCUGGUGUUUUACCAGGAUGAGACCCGGAGAGACUACGAGGACAGAAUCAGACUGAAGUAUAAAUGCGCCAACGUCAAGGCAGGGUCUGAAUGCACAGGUGUGGAGCCCCCAGACGGGAUCUCAAGCCACUGCUUAGUGAUAAUCUAUAUGAAGAAUGGAUCUACACUAAUCCUCUGUGCAGACAGUGAGGACGAGGCUCUGGCGUGGAAGCUAACAAUGCUGGAAGUGAAGGUCAACCCGGUGCACGUCUACAACCCUUAUGAUGAUAACUAUCACACAGUUCCACUGGACGGCCACAAUGCGGUCUACAUCAGUCCAGGAUAUCCUGGUUAUAGCUAUGGAGCAGCUGCAGGCGUGCCCCACGUGGUUGUGCAGCAGCAGCCCUGCGGCAUGCUGGGAGGGGAGGUAGCGCUGGGGAUGCUGGCUGGGAUGGCCACUGGGGCGGCGCUACGCACUCUGAUGUGGAUACCCUUCUGGUGCUGAAGACUUCACCUUCCAAGAAGAUCCUUCAUUAUCCUUCCUCACAGUUACCUUUGCAGGGAUCCUCACAGCAGCAGUGUCCCAGUUAUGUUCGAGUUGUAUAGUAAAAUACCAUCCCUGGGUGGCUGUUUAUAAUAUUCGUCAGUAGAAAAGACCAUCUUGGACUGCCAGUUUGUUUACAUGCUAUAAAGGCAUUGUGGACACUAGUGCUAGCAUUGAUGCACUUGUUUGUAAUGCUUGUGACUACUUCUCUGGUCAACCAUAAUUGUGUACUUGUUUGGAAUUUUCCAUUUCUUACAACAACAUUCACUACAGAGCAAAGAAACCUGACAGCUGGAGGCACUAGUUCAUAUUUUUUUCUUUCUUGUUAGAGCCCACUGGUUAUCAGUAUAGCUUUUUUUUUUUUUUUUUUUUUUAGUCAAAAAGGUACAGUGUAUAAAUAUAUACAGUGAGCACAUACGAUACUUUACAAAUUCUAAUAACACAUUUGUACAUGUAUUUUCUGUUCUAUAUUUAAAAUGCACAGUCCCCUCUCCUCAACAUCGGAGAACAGCUUAGUUUCUGUUAAAGCUGAGCUUUUCAGAUGUGCAUGGCCACGACCACACAGUUUUCUACGAGUCUGGUGCCACUGUAUUGGGAAAAUGCUGAGAGAGCCAGACUCCCUCAGACAGCCAUGGGACUCACUCUCAAAGCAAACUUAAAUAAAUACGUUCUUGUCAAUUUUUUGUUUCUGUAUAACAGAAUAGGUUUGGAGAAUAUAGCUUAUAGUAUUCAUAAAAAAGCACACUUUGCAAAAGAUUAUUUAAAUAAUUCAUUAUUUAAAGCUUUGUUAUUAGGUCCAAUAGUAUCUGUACCGGAGCUGUGUUUCUUGCAGUCCCUAUUUUCAACCACCAGGAGGAGACUGUGGUCUUAAAAUCAAAACGGUGUACCAUAACUGCGGUAUUCUUGUGCAGAUGGCACAUUCAGUUAGUGGGAUAAUGCUGAGGGAUUCAGAAACCAAUCAGGCUGAUCUUUAUUAUAAAAGUGUUUUUAAGGUAAUUUUAUAGUUUUCCAACGUCUUGCUGUAGUGUGCAUUUCUAAAUACCAGGAAACAAUUCUGAUCAUAUCAAGACUGGCAAAAGGUUUUUACUACUCUUGGUGAAAUACUUUUUAUUCCUGACAUUCUAGUGAUAUUUUCUUUCCCGCAUUACGAAAACUAGGGACAUACUGCAUUCGUCUCUAUUGAGAGCAUGUGAAAGAGAGACACCUAGUGGUUGUGUUAAAAUUCACACUGGAUGGCUUACACCAGUGGGGAAACUGAAAGGCCUGGUAUUCACAGUUUCAUCGUGGUCAGACAGCACAAAGGAAAGCAACCAACAGUAUAGCGCAUUACAGCGGCACCUCCAGUUUCAUGGUAUAAUGUAUUAAAAUGGGUUUCCUAUCGUUCCAGUUUAUCUGUAUGUGCACUGUUUUAUAGGUUUGUUUUUUGCUUCAAAUAUUUCACAUCUGCGCUACAAUUUCUCUAACGGCACAGGCGAUGCUGUGAGAAGUAUAAUCCACGCCAGUAACAGCCAGUUAUCAAAUACUGCUACUGCUCACGGAUAGAAAACUGGCAGCAGGAAGAGAUUGAUCCUUGGAACAACAGGCUUUGUGAUGUAUAAACUGCUAAAUUCAAACACAAACAUGAUGUGCGAAGGACUUAAAAAAGAAAAUAGUGGUUUAUUGUUGAGCUGGCUACAAAUGAGCUAAGGACAAUCUGGUGUGUGAGUGAUUAAGAGAAGCAGAGUCAUUAACCAGGGAAGAUGCUGCAAGGCUUUGGUCCAGCACAGCGAAGAAAGUGGCAUCUAUCUGAGUAAUACUGAUGUAUGGAGCGCCGCCUAUAGGGGGCUGGGAUAAUUGCAAUUCCAUUACUGGAGAAAGAGAAAUACUGAAAUGUCAUUAAAGUCAUAAAAACAUUUAAACAGAAGGCUGCAAAAAAUGACAGUUGCUUCAGCUGCCAAUGUCUGGGACCAGUAGCGCUUCUAAAUAAUGGCACGACCUACUGAAUUGUACCUGUGUUUACUACAGAGCAAAUAAAGAGGACGGCUGGAGGCACUAGACUAUGAGCAACAAGAUUCUCUGCUUCCUCUAUGCAUUGCAGUGGGUAUGGUUACAAUUCCACUCCAUUCCAGGGAUAGAAUGGAAAUCCUAAUUGUCUGCGGGGAAACCACUGAAUCGGUAUAUCUGAGACUGAAAAAGCAAAUAAAAAAAUAUAUAUAUAUAUAUAUAUGUCACACAUUGUGAAGUUAUUGCCUUAAGAAGCAUGCUUAUAGACGCAUAGGAAAUGCUUUCACACACACUAAUUAAUAUUGCAAACAUUUACAGAAAUGAACGGUGUGAUGGAGGCCAUUUAGUUUUGCCUGAGCUGUUGGUCACUAAAGCAUCCUAAGACUUGAUUGCAGCAGGAGCAAUUCUAAACCAUCUAAUAUGACUCAGCUGUGUCUGCUUGUAAUGCAUUUAAUACCUGUCUGAUUCAAACUGAUUACUGUUGACCAGGACUCUGAACUACCAUUGUUUAUAUAUAACACAGUUUCAUGAUCUGCUAAAUCAUGCUCUUUGGUAGUAAUACACUUUUCUGGCUCCACCUGUUCUUCAGUAUUGUUUCAUAGCAGGUGGUGCAAACAUAUUUCAAAGGUCACAGCCUCACAUCACUUUCUGGAAUGAGGAAAUCAAAGACAGCGGCUGGACAGCUGCAGCGGCAGGAAUUUAUCUGGAAGCUGGUCAGAGUGUUACAGAAGAAAUACGAAUAACACAAUCUGAAUAAAGCAAAUACAAAAAGAAGGGAACUGAGGUAGAAAAAAACAUUUAAAAUUGAAUGGUAAAAAUGGAACGUAAAUGCUAGAUGAAAAAAAAUCAAUUGGGGGAAAAAAAAUCAAUUAAUAAAUCGCUAAUAAGAAUGUCUGUUUUGGUUUCACUAUUAUUCCGGGAGAAAGUUAUAACCUUUCCUCCUCUAACUGUUCUUUGAGGUGUUCAACGCUGGGUAAACUGCUGUGAAAACGUUUAUAUUGGACACUGGCCUCAUCAUCAGGGACCUGCUUCUAAUCCAGUCAAGGCUAAGGGGUAGGUGCAAAUAAUUGCAGAUGCAAAAUUAAAAUUGCACUGCACCCUAAGCUUAAAAGGUACAUAAGAUGGCCUCCCAUGCACCUCUCAGAACUA